AUCUGUUGGUCAGCGAAGAUGACCGACGAAUACCAUAUCAGAGCGUAUCAGAGAGCAUCUUCAGACUAACCAGACGGUAUGAACCAUUACUCCACCUAGAACUAAAAGUUAUAUCCCAAGGAUUUCUAUUCGUCAUGUUGAAGACAUGA